GCCACCUGCGUUGCCGUAUUGUCUGUCACAUCUGAGUUCUUUUCAUAUUUAUAUAUAUUUUUUACUGGGUGUCUGAUUUUCUUCAGCUGUCUUUAUGCGCCUGCUACUGUGCGCCGUGCUGUCGGCGCGUCUCUUGGCCUCAGUACGGUGCGAUGCGGCGGCACACCAGUUUACCGAGGAAGAGAUGGCCGGUAUCAGACAACGCAUCAAAUCCAUGUUCUACCAUGCCUACAACAGUUACCUUGACAACGCCUUCCCCUAUGAUGAGCUCCGCCCACUCACCUGUGACGGACAGGACACCUGGGGCAGCUUUUCUCUCACCUUGAUUGAUGCUCUCGACACUCUGUUGGUGUUGGGGAACCACACAGAGUUUGAGCGUGUGGCCUCGCUACUCCAGGACACCGUGGACUUUGACAUCGAUGUCAAUGCUUCUGUAUUUGAGACCAACAUCAGAGUGGUAGGGGGGCUGCUGUCGGCUCACCUGUUGUCAAGCAGGGCAGGGUUGAAGGUGGAGCCAGGCUGGCCCUGUUCUGGACCUCUGCUGAGGAUGGCUGAAGAUGCUGCACGCAAACUACUACCAGCGUUCCAGACUCCCACCGGUAUGCCUUACGGUACUGUGAACCUGCUGCGUGGUGUCAGUCCUACAGAGACGCCAGUGACUUGCACGGCUGGCGUGGGAACCUUCAUCCUCGAGUUCGCCACGCUGAGUCGGCUGACUGGGGAGCCGCUGUUUGAGGACACAGCCCGCCGCGCACUCCAAGCUCUCUGGAGCACCCGAUCUGAAAUAGGACUGGUAGGGAAUCAUAUAGACAUCCUGUCUAAGAAGUGGGUUGCUCAGGAUGCUGGUAUUGGAGCCGGAGUCGACUCUUACUUUGAGUAUCUGGUGAAAGGCGCCGUCAUGCUGCAGGAUGAGGAGCUGCUCCAGAUGUUUCUUGAGUAUGACCGGGCCAUCCAGAACUACACACGGUUUGAUGAUUGGUACCUCUGGGUUCAGAUGCACAAGGGAACUGUCUCAAUGCCCGUGUUUCAGUCUUUGGAGUCAUUCUGGCCAGGGCUACAGUCCCUGCUGGGUAACCUGGACAGCGCAGUGAGAACCUUCCAGAAUUAUUACUCUGUGUGGCGACAGUUUGGAGGCCUGCCGGAGUUUUACAGCAUUCCUCAGGGAUUCACUGUGGACAAGAGAGAGGGAUAUCCACUCAGACCAGAACUGAUAGAGAGUGCGAUGUACCUGUUCAAGGCGACAGGUGACCACACCUACCUCCAGUUUGGUCUCGAUGCUCUGGAGUCAAUUGAGAAGAUCACCAAGACUUCCUGUGGAUACGCCAGUAUCAAAGACCUGAGAGACCACCAGCUGGAUAACCGCAUGGAGUCCUUCUUCCUGGCUGAAACUGUCAAAUAUCUCUUCCUGCUCUUUGACCCCUCUCACUUUCUGCACGGAGGAGCGGCGGGCUGGGAGGAGGGGGGGGAGGAUGGGCAGUGUAUUCUGGGAGCGGGGGGCUUUAUCUUCAACACAGAGGCCCACCCACUUGAUCCUUCCGCACUCUACUGCUGCAGCCGCCACGCCCAGGACAGGAAGGAGCUGAGGGACAUUCUGCUCAGCCUAUCACAGCCCUCCAAGGGAGCACACCACCCUCCCCGGCCCUCCAAACAGACAGGGGGGCCUCCCCCUGUCCACCCAGAAAGCAUUGGUCUGAAACCUGGCGAGCGGAAAGGGGCCCCCGUGCUGUCCUGCCCCGUUCAGCCAUUCAGCGCUCGAUUCGCCAUCCUGGGACAAGUUUUCACCGACAACACCUGACGUCUGACCAUGAGCUCAAACUGAGAAAGUAGAUGGAGAUUUAAUGAACCGACUGGGGAUGGAACUAGUCUCCUGUCCUGCUUUGGACAUAUGAAGAGUUCUGUCUUAAAACCAGAUACAUCCGUUUUGAAAAUUAGAUACUUACCUUGAAAAGUACCAUCUUUUAAGGGUACUCUGUGACUUUGUUAUGAGGAAAUGUUUUUAAUGUGUCUUUUUUAAAUCAUUCCUCCUCCUAUGGUGGUUGUUUGAAACAGGAUUCAGUGACGUCAUGAAACGUAGGGGGACCAGGACAUUAUCAAAACCUCGGUCAGGAUUUUCGUUUUUGUAAUC